UAUCCUCCUCCCUUCCGCCUUCGUGCCUUCAGGAAGCCGUCCAAAGGAUUAGAGUUUCGUCCUUCCUUCCUCUUCACAAACCCUAAUCCUAGCCCAAGCCGAGGAUUUCCGCGAUGGAGCCCGGUGGCGGCGGAGAACGAGGCGGGUUCCACCGCAACGAGGCCAUCUCCGCCGUCCAGGACGAGGAGCAGCUCUACGGGGAGGACGAGGACUACGAGGACCUCUACAACGACGUCAACGUCGGCGAGGGCUUCCUCCACGCCGUCCACCGGAGUGACGAGCCCGGCGGGUAUCCGAGGGAGGACGGGAGCAGGAGCAACCCUGCUCCGCCGCCCCCUCUGCUCCCGCCGUCGGGGGAUGCGCCGGAGAAGGUCCAGAUCCUCGGGAUCGCUGGCGACACGAAGAUCGAGAGGCCGGUGGAUGGAUCUGGUGGCUUUCAUGCGCAAGGAUUCCGGGGAGGUGGAGAAUCGGCGGUGGCGGUGCGGCCCCCGGCGCUGCCCCCGCCCGUGGCGCCGCCGCCCGGUGGAAGUAGGCCUGAGUUAGGGCAGUCUUCUGGUCGACCCAGCGAGAUCCAGGGGCAAUCGAGGACCUCUGGCUAUGGGAACGAGGGUUAUCAAAGGCAAGGGGGUGGCUUUGGAGGUGAGACGAGGCAGGGAGGAGGCGGGCCAGCGGGAGGAGGGAGCGUUAAUGGUGGAGGAGAAGGAGCUGGAGGGACGACUCUCUUUGUGGGGGAGCUUCUCUGGUGGACGACGGAUGCUGAUCUCGAGGCAGAGGUCAGCAAGUACGGGCAGCUGAAGGAGGUGAAGUUCUUCGAUGAGAAGGCGAGCGGGAAGUCGAAGGGGUUCUGCCAGGUCGAUUUCUAUGAUCCAGUGGCCGCUGCAGCGUGCAAGGAGGGAAUGAACGGGCACGUCUUCAAUGGCCGGCCCUGUGUCGUGGCGUUUGCAUCGCCGCACACUGUUCGUCGGAUUGGAGAAGCUCAACUCAAGAAUCAACAGAUGGCAGCCCAAUCGUCAGCACCGCCUCAGAAGGGGAGAGGAGGGGGAGGGGGGCCGAUGGGUGGGAAUUAUGGGAGGGGUGGUGGUGGUGGUAAUUGGGGGAGGGGUGGCAUGGGGAAUCGAGGACCAAUGGGGAAUAUGAGGAACAGGAUGGGGCCUGUGGGUGGCAGAGGAAUCAUGGGAAACGGCGGCAUGGUUGCUCCACCUCCACCGAUGCUGCAUCCUGGUGCUAUGCUUGGUCAAGGUUUUGAUCCAACUGGUUACGGAGCAGUGGCUAUGGGGAGAAUGGGUGGUGCAUAUGGAGGCUUUCCUGCAGGGCCAACGACAGCUCCAUUCCCGGGAUUGAUGCCUUCAUUUCCUCCAGUUGUGGCUCCUCAUGUGAACCCGGCCUUCUUCGGGAGGGGAGGGAUGGCCGCUGGUGGUGGUGGGAUGUGGCCAGAUCCAAGUAUGGGUGGAUGGGGAGGUGAAGAGCAGUCAAGUUAUGGGGAUGAUGCUGCUUCGGACCAGCGGUAUGGAGAAGGAAGCCAUGGGAAGGAUCGAGGUCCUGACCGGGAUUACUCGGGGGUUUCAGAUAGAAAACAUGACAGAGAGAAGGACGUGGGUCCUGGGCAGGAAUGGUCGGAGAGGAGAUAUCAUGAUGGAAGAGAAAUGGGUAGGGAGAGGGAUCGUGAUUGGGAGAGAGACAGGGAGAGGGAGAGGGAGAGGGAAAGAGGGAGGGACAGAGACAGAGAGGGGGCAACAGAGAGGGAAAGAGAGAGGGGGAGGGAAAGGGAUAGGUAUCGGGAUGACAGAGACCGUCAUGGAGAUCACUACAGGCAAAAGGACCGUGAAUUGGAGCGUGAUGAUGACUGGAAUAGAGGAAGAUCAUCGAUGCAAAGAAGCAAGUCGCGGGAGAUUGAGCAUUCGAAGAGGCGGCGUUUUUCACCUGAAGGUUGCUUGCAGGGACCUGUUGUAGCUAUCAUUUUAGACAUCUAGAAGAGCAGUUGGAAAAGGUUUGGCUAUAGUAGCAGGUCCCUCUUUCUUGAGUGGAUGCAGAACUUCUUCCGAGCUUACAAAUUGAAUGAGUGAUGUGAAUGAAGCAGGUAUUCUGCUCCAAAAAACCAAUUUAGUAACUGUCAUUUUGGUUUGAAACCUUUGGGAUGUUUUGAAGUGUUGUAGGAGAUUUCACUGCAUGAAAUGUAAGAUUUUAGUUAAAAGACAGGAAAAUGGUCUUGCUGAUUUACACCUGUUAGUGCAAUAUCUGACCACGCACUUUCAGAAAGUGAUGGUGAGAUAGAUCUUUAAUCAGUGCUGGUGGAACAAGAUCUCUUGAGGUUUCAGAUUUUGUUUGCUUUUCUUUUUUAAUGAAUGAUGAUGAUGAAGGAAUUUGCUGAAA